CACACACAUUUUGAAACAAAACACACACACACACAGUUACCAAAAACACAAAAAACAGAGAAAAGAAAAUGUCGUACAAGCGCGGGAAAGGCAAAGACAAGGACGACGAAGACUUCAUCAGUGACCACGCGCCGCCAAAGAAAACAUUCAAGAAAGAAACCGCCGCCGGUGAAGAUUCCGGCGGCGAAGAUGACGGAAGCAUCUUCAUAUGUGAUGUGUCAAAGAACCGCAGGGUGUCGGUGAGAGUAUGGCAAGGAAAAACCGUUGUUGAUAUCCGUGAGUAUUAUACUAAAGAUGGCAAACAAAUGCCUGGCAAAAAAGGUAUCUCGUUGACCAUGGAUCAGUGGAAAGAACUCCGUGCUCAUGUGGAUGAAAUUGACAAGGCUCUUGCCGAGUAAAUGGUUGUGCUAUUAGUAAAAAGUAAGCUUAGAAUGAUGUUUCAUAUGGUAACUGUUGGCCACAAUGAAUGUUAGGGAAAAUCUACAAGACUGGAAUGCUGUUUUUUUGUUGACUUUUUGGCUCAAUGUUUACCAAGGCAAAUCUGCAUAUGUAUGUAGUUGGUGAAUACUAUGCUGGAUCUUUUUUCAGUUGAAUUCUUAUGUGAUUUCGACUCUAACAUUAUGCAAUGCCAUUCUCCAUCUUAUGUUUAGAGGUA